AUGGAUAAGGUGCUCCCUCAGCUUCAUUCCGGGGUUUUCUUGAACCAGAAGAGAAAGAAGUACUGGGUUGAUAAGAACAACAAAAACUGCCUCAUGUUGUUUGCGAGAGAUCUCUCCAUCACUUGGGCUGAAGACAAUCGUUUCUGGCACUGGUCGCAUCAAACAGAAUCGGCCAGUGAUGUUGUCACUGAAGUUGCUGAGCUUGUACAAGUUUGCUGGCUAGAAUUGGUCGGAAAAUUCCAUGUAUCAAAGCUCUCACCAGGGACAAUGUACCAAGUUGUCUUCAUUGUCAUGUUGAGAGACGAAGCAUAUGGAUGGGAAGUGCCAGUGAAUUUCAGGCUUCUCUCUUCCUAA